GUGGUGGCUCUACCAUGGGUUACAAGCUCGCAGGAUUUAAUCACUUGGGAGGGGUGGAAAUAGACCCCAAGAUGGCUAAAGUCUAUCAAAAAAAUCAUCAACCUAAACAUUUCUUUUUAGAAGACAUUAGAGAUUUUAAUUUACGUGAAAACCUACCCGAAGAAUUGUUUGAUUUGGAUAUUUUAGACGGCUCGCCUCCUUGUAGCACCUUCUCCAUGUCAGGUCAUCGUGAACAGACUCGAGGUAAAGAAAAAAUAUUUAAAGAAGGACAGAAAAAACAAAUCCUAGAUGAGCUCGUAUUUGUCUUUUGUGAUACCGUUGAAAAAUUACUACCCAAAGUUGUAAUUAUGGAAAAUGUGCCAGGACUCAUUGCAGGAAAAGCUAAAAAAUAUGCCAUCGAAGUUUAUGAUAGAUUAAACAAUCUUGGUUACAAAGUACAAUUAUUUAGAUUGAAUGCUGCCACAAUGGGAGUGCCUCAAGCUCGUGAACGUAUCUUUUUUAUCGCAAGAAAAAAACAGUUUAAUUGGGAUGAUUUAGAAUUAGAUUUCAAAGAACCUCCUAUUUAUUUUGGAGAUGUUGUUGAAAAAAAUGCCACUUCACACAAACCCCUUCGGGAUUCGAUUGUUAAAAGACGACCCUUUGUACAAUACGGCGACCAAAACCUCAAAUUCGCCGAUGCUAAAUACAGAAACCUUACUACUUUUAAUGCCUUUUUCAGCACCUAUGUCAUUUACGACCAUAUUGUAGCUCCCACACUUACCUCAAGUGGUGCCAAUGUGUAUUACAAUGAAGUGCGUAAUCUAAGUGAUACCGAAUACAUCCGUAUUAGUAGUUUUCCCACCGAUUAUGAUUUCUGUGGUACGGAUGUUCGUUAUGUUUGUGGCAUGAACGAACAAGCCGAAAAAGGAUUUAGUUUGCGUCAUCAAAAAGAGCAAUUGGAAAAUUAUUGUAAUCAAAACGGUUACACUAUUAUGGCUCAUUUUCAAGAUGACUACUCCGCUAAAAACUUUUCUGCUCGUCCUGAAUUUCAAAAACUCCUUCGCUUUGCCAAAGCCAAUCAAAAUAAAGUGGACACUUUAUUGUUUUUGAAAUGGGACCGCUUCUCACGCAAUAUUGAGGCUGCGUACCGCAUGAUACUUGCAAAUGAACUUUUAGAAGAAAGAUGUAAAUUUUACAACCAUUUAUACUCAAAUUCACAUAUAAUUCAAGGAGAUAUUACAAACGAUGAAGUAUACAAUAAAAUAGAUUACCCGAUAAUUGGUCUCCUCCAACACGAGCAAGCGAAAGCU